GAAGUUAUCGCUAGUAAAAGUAAAAAAGAAACCCCAUCAGCAAGUUAUACUUUUGUCACAAAAAGUUAUAGAAGAAAAGGUCCAAACUUUCGAAUUCCAUGUCUACAAAACCUCACAAGGCAAUGCAGAGAGUAAUGCUACUCCAAUUUGUUAUCUUAAUCAUUUUUUGGUCUCUCAAGCUUUCAAGUUUCUAUCUGCCUUUCUGGGCAUAAGUGCUAGUUCUACAAUGGCUUACGUUCCACCACACAGGCGGCACUCGAAGGAAUCGGAGAGGCCGUUGCCAACUCCAGAGCUGCUUGCUCCUCAAUUCAAGAAAAACUCAAAUGACAAGCAAUAUAAUAAGUCUAAUGUGGGUUGGAGUGGAAAAGUAGUUUAUGCAGACAAUUCUACUCAUAGAUGGUGCGCCAUCCCUUUGGAUGACGAGAACCAGUUUCCAUCUUUUGUUAAUCUUGAGCCCGUUGCCUUGGAGUCUGCUGAGCAGACAAUUGGAAAAAAUCGUGUAGCUCUGAUCAAUACUAGUCUAAAUAAUGAAGGCAGUGAGGUGAAAUGGAACUUGCCAAGGAGCCCUUGGGAAUCUAUAACAGAAAACGUGCUCGAAGACUUACUUUCGGCAUUUAAAGACAUGAGGAAUGAAAUGAAGUCUGCGAAGUCCAAAGAAGAAUAUCCAACUUUGGUUGCCAAAGUGGGGAAAGUACUCUUUCACAGGAGCCCUUCAGUUAACGGGGCAUCCAUCAGAAAAGAAUUGUGCACUGAAAUCUUGAAACAAUGGCGGCGAUCAUUUUACACAAACACUCCUGUUUCAUAUAAGGAAAGGAUUGUCAACGAAGUUGUCCCAAAAAUUGGAGUUGAUUUCAAAGAUGAAGAAGAUAUAUACGAAGUACAGUUGUCUGAUUCUACGAAGCCAGAUUUACCUUUCUCCUGCAAAUGUCGGGUAAUGGAAGAACAUGGAAAGCUACAACCCUGCACGAUCAAAUUCAAUCCAGUGCGUAACAUGGUAAUGGACAUUUCAUGCACUACUAAGAAUCUGGACCUGAGGUUAAUGCUAUGCACGAAGAAACUCGUAACUGAUCUGACUGAUGAUGAGAUGCAAAGCAUUACGGAUCUGAUUAAUUCUGCAAUUCUAGAUCCAAAUGUGAAGGGUGGAUUGAGAUGGCCCCUGGGGAAGGAGUCUUCUGGAGAUAGAUACAGAGUUGUUAGGGUUUGGCACGUAAUAGCUAAUACGUAUAGAAAUUCAUCACUGACUCUGAAAGUGAAACACACUGAUCGAUUUGAUUUUAGAACCUUAACUGGAGAAACUUCUUGGUGGACAAGUCUGGUGCUGGAAAACGUCGUGUCAAAGUUACAGGAAGAGAAUGUGGAAGCCAGCACAAUUUCUGAGAUACUCAAGGAAGAUAUGCAGUUGAUAUGGGAAAACUUCUUGAGCUGUGAACCUUUUCUAACAUGAAAUUGCAUGUUGAUCAGUGAUCACUGUCUAUGCGACGUGUAUUUAUCUGUCUACAUUAUGAAUUUUAAGUUCAACUUUCGGCAUCGUUUGAUGAAUAA